AUGACGUCCAACACAAGCGCCUCUCUGGAGGCAAACUCUCUGUUUAAUGUGAAUGGGCUAGUAGCUCUAGUCACUGGUGGCGGCUCUGGCAUCGGACUCAUGAUGACCAAGGCACUCGCUGUCAAUGGUGCGGCCAAGGUCUAUAUCGCAGGACGUCGACUCGAGGUCCUCCAAGAAGCAGCUGCUGCUAUCGGUCCCAAUGUGAUACCUGUCAAGUGCGAUGUAACGAACAAGAGCAGCCUUGAAGAGGUGGUGGCAUUCAUCGAAAAAGACGCAGGAUACUUGAACCUCUUGGUGUGCAACGCAGGCGUCGCUGGACCUCAGGUCAAGCCCAUCACCCUGGACACUACACUGGAAGAAUGGGCAAACCAAAACUUGGCCCACGACUUUGACGCCUAUGUACAGCCGUUUGCCAUCAACACAGCAGCCGUGUGGUUCACAGCCAUGACGUUCCUGAAACUACUGGACAAGGGAAACCAGGCUGGCAACUUGCCGCAGUCUGCGCAAAUAAUAGUGACGAGCUCUAUUGGGGGCUACAACAAGAAGGCACCCGGAGGGUUCGCGUACGGCCAGAGCAAGGCGGCGGCGACGUUGGCCACAAAACAGUUGUCCGUUGCAUUACCGCAGUGGAAUAUCCGGCAAGUACCAUUGAGCAUUGAGGCCUCCGUUCGAUUCCAGUUGAACGAGGAUGAGGCAAAUUGUAUCGCGCCAGGGUUGUUUCCGAGCGAGAUGUCGGCACCCAUCGUCGACCUCUACGGAGGCGGGGAGGGUGCGCCGAGCGGCACAGUGAGCGUCCCUGCAGCGGCUGUUCCGAUGCGGCGGUUGGGCGACGAGCAAGACAUGGCGGGCACGUUGCUGUAUCUCGCGUCCCGAGCGGGCGCCUACACCAACGGGGCAGUGGUGACGGUGGAUGGAGGCCGGCUCGGCAACUUCCCGGCCGCCUUUUAG